AUGCAGCAAUAUUUUAUUCUUUUCAUUACUGUUGUGACCGUUUUCUUUGGUUCAAUUUCUUGUAAUUCAACCGAUGCCGAUUGUGCCCAACUAUCGAAUAAAGAUUGCAGAACAUGUUUAAGCUUAGCCGGUUGUGCCUUUUGUAAAAAUGGCAAAUCCUGUUUUCUAUAUGAUGUGAGCAACGUCAUAGCCAAAAAAUGUGCUAUAUCUGAUACCCAAUGGGGAACGUGUGUUGGUACUUUUGAAACGUGGAUUAUUAUUGUUUCUGUUGUUGGUGGUAUUCUUUUGAUUGCAAUAUUGAUCGCAAUAUGUUGUGUAUGCAGAAAAUGUAAACGUUGUUCUAUUCGAAAAGAAGAAAAACGACAAGCAAGAGAACAGGAUGUAGAAAAUCGGCGAGCGGAAGAACGACGAGCUGCAGGUGAAAUUCGAUCGACUGAACGAAAUCGUGUAGCGGAUGAGAUCCGUAUGAAAUAUGGUAUUCUGAAAGAGAAAGAAAAUGGUACGGAUUAUACACGCAUGAAUUAA